UUUGUUGUUUCAAGAUGCCUGAGCAUUCGGAAUUUCAUAGAGUUGUAAUCGUCGGUGCUGGUGUGACUGGAUUAGCUGCAGCCGAUUUUCUUUACAGGAAUGGAAUAUCCGAUGUAUUAAUCUUGGAAGGUAAUUUUUCAAUUUGGUGGGUGUUCAUGAGUUAAAGCAAGAAAAUAACAUAUUUCAAUGUGUUAUGCUUUCAGUCAUGUUAAUAUUCUUUGCCACGUGAUUCCUUCGUCGAGUUGGACCUAAUCUUUGAAGUACAGAACAAAUUAUGUAUGAGUUUUGUCAGGCUUAUGCUUCCUUUUCGUGGCUGACGGGUGAUUUUUUGAGUAAUACAUUAUACAGUAUUCGACUUCUUUCUGAAAAUGUUUUCUCACUGAGAAUGAAUUUGAGCGUCGAAAAGGCAUCAGUUUCCUUCUGGUUAACGUACAGCACGUGCCUGUUUCAUGAAAUUGCAAAGAGUGGUAGUUACUUGCGGAGAAAUGCGAAAGAUUUGAGGUUUAGAGUAUUUUGAUAAUUUGAAGACCAGGGUCCAUCUGAUGAAACAUUCUAAUGCAUUUUUAAUGUUUAUGGUACUGAAUGUAAAGGUUAAUCAGCAUUGUCAACUGGUCAGCAAGAAGUGUUCAAAGUUUUGGCUGGCUGCAAUUGAAGAAAAUCCUCAGCAAAUGAACAGAUGAGACUUUCAUCAAAUCUUGUUUUUGAGCCUGCAUUGUUCAGACUAAGUUCGGUUGCAAAGUUCUGGUACCACGGCGAAGUUCACGUCAAGAUGCUGAGCUUGGAAAAUUUCUUGAGUAACCCUCAUAGGUCAUGAUCAUUAUAAUUGUGUUUAAUAUUAGCAUCUUCCGAUGAUAUUAGCACAAGAUCGAGUUGGUGGUCGAAUAUGGACUGUUCCCGAUGGUGACCAUGUCGUAGAGCUCGGUGCGCAAUGGAUCCACGGAGAAGUUGGUAACUCCUUGUUUGAUUUCAGCUCCGCGCGUGGGCUCAUUGAUACCGAAAGCGUCAGUUAUGAGGCCGAAGGAUUGUUCUACACGAGCAGUGGGGAACAAUUGAAUAAUGAUAUUGUUGAUCGUGCUCAAGCUGUCAUCCGAAAGGCUUAUGAUCAGUGCAGCAAAUUUUCCCGAGAGCCGGAAGAAUCGUGGAAAGAAAAGCUUCCGUCUUCUGUUGGAGCGUUUUUCAGGAAGAAGUUCCUUGAGCAAUUCGAAAUUCAGAAUUCGCUCCACGAAGGAUUAUGGAAUUGGUUGAUGCUUUACGAGAAAAUUGACAACGCUUGUGACUCCAUGUAUGAAUUAUCCGCGCUAUCUUGGGGAGAAUGGUCAGAUUGUGACGGAGAAUGGCAUGUCAACUUGAAGAAUGGAUACUCCUCCGUUAUUACAGCGCUGCUUGAUAGCCUCAAACCUGGAGUACAUUCAUUGAAUGACGAACACCGACCCAUUUUACGUUUACGUGAACCGGUUGAUAGCAUCCAUUGGAUGGUGGACAUGGAUAAUGCGACGUCCGAGUCAAAUCCUCAUUAUUCACUGGUCGAAGUGCACGCAGCAUCUGGCAAAGUCUACUGUGCUACUCAUGUGAUCGUCACUGUAUCGCUUGGUGUUCUGAAAGAGCAUUUGGACUCGUGGUUUAAGCCGGAUCUACCGGCUAGAAUGCGUUUAGCUAUAAAAUCAUUAGGAUUUGGAGUUAUUGAUAAAAUAUUUGUUACUUUUCCGUUCGCGUUUUGGGAGAAAGAUUGCCGAGGUAUACACCUGGUUUGGACUGAACCUGAGGAAGAAGGGUCUACAAUGGCGGAUAAUUGGGUUCGAGGCAUUACUGGCUUUGAUCCAGUCAUCCGUCAACCUUGUACCUUGGUUUGUUGGCUCGGCGGGGAAGAAGCAAGGUUUAUGGAGACGCUUUCUGAAGAAAAGAUUAAGGAGGCCCUUGUGGCAUUGUUGCGGAAAUUCUGCGCGGACCUCAACGUACCAGAUCCUGUGCGGAUCUUGAGGUAAAAGGUAGGACAGAUAAUCAGGGUACUGAGGUUCCUCAGUUAACAGAGUUAUUUAUUUUUGGUAAGAAGUCUAUUACAGGUGAACCUUGAUAAGUUGAACCUCCCUAAGUCAAAUUUUCUGAGGUCUUCUGGUUAUUAUUUACUUGAAAUAUGGAAGAGAUAGUGAUUGAAACAAAUAAUUUGAUGGAUCUUGAAAGUAAGUGAGACAAAUACAGCAAAUGAACCCCUGCCUCCAAGUUCAGCAAGCUGUAAAUUCAUUAAGGAGCAAGUUUAAGCCCAGAAUAUCUCAUUUAUGAUUUUCCACACUUUUUUCACUUCUCCUCACAACAGAAGUCUUUGUUUCUUUAACUGGAAACUUCUGAAAAUCAAAACCUCCAAAAUUCGACUUUGUUUCCUGGUCCCUAGAAAUUUGACUCGCAGAGGUUCGACUGUAUCUGGAUAUUCUAUUAACCAAGUAAUGUAAACCCAGCUUUCUAAUUGGGUUCAGACCCCAAAAAGUACAUAACUGAAUAAUUCAAACCUAAACAGAUAAACUCAAGUGGGCCAGAUUCUGUGGGAAUCCUACAUCAAUUCUUGAAUAAAUUUGCUUUAAAAAAAUGUAGCGUGUUCCACAUCUAGAAAGGAUAUUGUAAUUUCAAAAGUUUCAAAAGAGGAAAACAGCGCUCUAUACAAUUGGGGUAAACCAAAGAUUUAUCCACUGGGGAUUGCCUAGCAGUCACAGUUCUCGAGCAAAUUUGAUUAUUUUCAAGGACAAACUUUUUUCUUGCAGCUUAUUACCCCAAGCAGGCUCCACUAUCAGAUGCUAAAUUUGAGGUGUCCCGGUCAAUUGGGUAGAAUGUGGUUUGAGCAAGGCGUCAUUAUCUGAGGUAUUUCUGUUGCAUUAUCUGGGCUAUACAAAAAAUUACAGCACUAGGUUUUGAUAGUCUUGAAUUUCUCAAUGCCUUUGAAAAGUGAACAUUUAAUUUUUUUGAGCUUUGAUUUGAUUAUUUUCCACAAUUUAGUGUAAUUUAAAUUUUCAACUGUUUAAUAUGACCAUCUACCCUUCUACAGUAUUUCAAAGGCAAUUGUGUGAGAAAUACUGCAGUGUCUCCAUUUUCGCUGCCAUAUUCUGAAGUCUAAACAAGCUGAAAGAGGUUAAUCUUUCUCCGAAAUCAAUUGAUGACGCACUUCCAUACGUUUCGGUGAAAUUUCACAGAAUGAAAUUAUUUUUAAAAGCAUUUUGAUUUGGAAAAAGCUACUUUUUGCCAAGGUCGCAGUGGUGGUCAAAUGAAUACUUUCGGGGAUCUUACUCCCAUCGAAACUUGCGUUCAAAUGAGCUUGGCGUGAAAGCAACGGAUUUAGCUGAACCAUUAUACCGUAUGGAUGAAGCGACUGGCAGAAAGGUACCUGUGGUCAUGUUUGCUGGUGAAGCUCUGCACAGCACUUAUUACUCAACAGUGCACGGUGCUUUUGAAUCUGGGAAAAGCGUUGCACUUGAUUUGAUUCGAAGCUUCACUGAUCUCUGAAUGUACAGAAAUCGCGAGAUGCUGAUACGAAGCCAUUUGCAAGUCCUCCGUUUGGCUCAUUUCGUGGUGCUCAAAUUUCAGGAAGUCCGGCAUGAAAAGGAAAUUGACAAUCUUUUAUUUUUUAAGAACGUUGUGCCAAAUUACAAAAACGCAUUGCUUACGGUGGGCGAAUUCGUCCAAGUGAAGUACCGGUAUAUGUCAAUAACGAUCAAAAAUGUUGAUAUUGCAGUACGAUUUUCCCAAUUUUGAUGUCUUUCCUGAUAUUGUUCCCGACAUUUUCGUGCUCUGAUGAAGUAUAGCCAAUCUGUUGAUGAAA